AUGCCUUCCAGGCGCGGCCGUCAGUGGCAAUCAUCGAGCAGGGGCGAUGACAACGACCUUAGGCGCGACUCGUCGGCGGGAUACUCCAGCUGCGCGCACACAAAGCCGCUGCUCUACGGCAACGGAGGUGGAUUCCGCAGCAAUGACUCCAGGAGGACAUUGGACAAGUCGGACCAGUACUACGACAUGUAUGCACUUCAAUGGGGCUGUGCAUCGGCGAGCGGUGGGACGAGGGCCGAUCGAGUGGAUGAGGUACGAGGGGGAUCCAGGUCUCGAGUUGGCCGGCGACGAGACGCUAGUCGUGGCAGCGGAAUGCGUGGACCGGGCGCUCGAGGACGGAGUGGACGUGGUGGCAACGGGCAGUACGACGCGUCCUCCUUGUGGUCUACGUCAUCCUACACCUACUCGUACUCAGGCAGUGACUCCAAUGGCGACUCCUCGAGUGAAGAGGGAGCACGGGGCCGGAAUAGUGUCUAUGCUGGUUCGCGUGCACGAAAGCCGGAUGAAACCAAAUCAUCGUGGCCAGCGCCACGCGGAAGUGCCAGAUCCCCACUACGCGUCACAGCCGUUGGGCCUCCUCCGCAGGACGCGCCGCCGGCCGGUGCGAUUCGGUGGGUGGACGAUGGCCGAAUAGGCAGGGAGGUGCAUCGCGGUGAGGAUGAGGCAAAGACUGGCUCACUGUCGCGCCAGCACACCGACGCGGAUGAGCAGGAUGCUGUGGGGAUGAAGCCGGCGGCGUCGCACCGACCCCUUUUGUCGGCCAGGAUACCUUCACUGCAGCCGACAGGCUUGCUGCGGCGUGUCGUCGCGGCCGUUGCGUACUGCCGCGGUGUUCCUCCACCGCCGUCCGUCCCGCCCGAGGUGAUUCUCGCUUUUGACGAGUACGUGUCGCGUGGGUCGGUGAUGCUGAAAUUCACUUCCCGCGGUCCGCCUCACCAGCGCUUCUUUGUGAUUCGCUUCCUGGACGUUGUGGCGGGCUCGGUACGGGUUGGGUGUGAGCGGGCAUAUGACCAGGGGCCGAACACUCUUCAUGCGGUCUUGUCGUGGUACCGCAACGCGUCCAGUCGGCACAUGAUUCGCUUCUUGCCGCUUCACGACUUGAUCGAGGUGAAAGCGGACGGGACAGAUCACCGGUACGUUCGCCGGCGAACGGUGCAGCCCGGCAUCUUACGUGGCCCACGUUCGGGAUUCGUGACGAAGUACGUGCGCGCUGAAUUCGUUGUGCAGUUUCGCUUCUGCUCACGCCUUUCGCGGGCAGAGGAUACACUGGCGCUUAUGGCGGAAAACCGCACCCAGUACUUGGCGUGGCUCGUGGUGGGCUCAUUCAUCAGCCAGAUCGGCGAAAUUUACUAG